AAACAUCAAAUUUUCAUUUUUGGGUGAACUAUCCCUUUAAUCAGUAUAGCUAAUUUCAAAAGAUUUGUUGUGAGGAGUGCAGCAUUACAUUUUAAAGGGUUAGUUCACACAAAAAUGAAAAUUCUUCUCUGUAAUUUUUGGGUAAACUAACCCUUUAAAUUCAAAUGAGUCAUGAUUUAUAAUUAAAAUAAUUAGGUCAUGUUAAAUAUAGGCCUGCUUUUAAAUCCUAAACAUUAAGAUAUUUGGUUAAGGAAUAAAUAUGAUUGUAAAAAAAAUUUUUUAACUUUUUUUUUUUUUUUUUGUCUCCAUAAUCAGCAUGUAAUUCAUUAAUGUUUAAAUGUUUCCAGAAUGCCCAGUCCUCGAUUCUUCUUGUAGCUCCCACCCUGACACACUAUCAAUGUCCUCUGAGACUGAUGAAGGUGCUGGACCAAGCUCCAAGAAACCUCGUUUUGAUGAAGCUUUUGAGGCAAAACAGUUUGUCAAUAGCAUUUUGGAGGACAAGGCAGGUGGACACGUGAUUUUGGCUGAAUAUAAAGAACAUGGGAAACUCACGGACUCAACGCGGCGACUCUUGGUCAAUAUUGUAGUUGCAUACAUAACUGAUAAAGAAGGCCGUGUCCCUUCCAAAGAAACCAAAACCCGCUGUGCCUUGGGAAUUGUAACACUCUUUCCAGCACUCAAGGAUCCAUACUCAAAAACUGGAUAUGGUGGGACAGUGACAUGUCCUCUCUUUUACUCUUGGCUUUCCUUUUGCCACCUUCAGCUGGUGGUAGAAACAAAUCCACAAAGAUCAGCAUCAGGGAGGCAAUGGACUAUAUUGUGCAGUUUCACAAGUCUUGCUGCAGUCUAACUGAACAUGUUGAGAAGACUGAAGGCCUUCAGCCACAUCUCCUUGCAGUUGGCUCAGCGAAGAACACCAUCCAUGAUUUCUACAUUGUGCUUGAUGGACAACUCCUACCAUGUCAGGCAAAGUCUUCCCUUGCUGCUUUUGACGAGCUUUUUAAGGCAUAUUUUGUCUUUAGCGUAUCAUACCCCCAGUGCCUAAAUGCGAUGUUUACAUUCAUUCAGACAACGAUCUACAAGAUUGGCUUUGGGACAGUUCGUGAAACCCCUAGGGUUAAGGACUUAAGAGCCAAACUUCUGAAUUAGCUUAACUGUCUAGGAUUAAAAUGUUCCGCUGUUUUGUUUGCAAAGUGGUACAUUCAACUGUAAAUGACCUUGUUCGUCAUUUGAAACUUAUCCAUGCUUACUAUCCUGGGAAAAAAAUGAAUUUGAAAUGUGCACAAAAUGAUUGUAAAUAUAGCUUCAUGACUUAUGCCGGAUUUCGAAAACACUUCAGUGUUCAUAGAAAUGACUUUCUAGAACAAACAGAGACUGAAAAUCAAAUUCAUGGAGAUAAUGAACUAUCACAUUUAAAUGAUCACAAUGAACUGUUAGAGACAUCACUCAGUGAUAAAGGGAGUGUGCCUGACACUCAAGAAAUGUGUGCAUCCGUUAUCGCUAGAUUGCAAAAUAGCGGAGUAGCAACCAGUGUAAUAACUUCUGUAGUAUUGGAUAUGGAAGAACUGGUCCAUGAAAUGCAUUCUAAUAUUAAAAGUGAAGUAAUGAAUUUACUUCCUGUAGAUGAUUUUGCAACAGCAUCCAAAAUGGAGGACUGUUUUAAUAACCUGGAUAAUCCAAUCUGAGUUCAGAACACAAAUGGAAAAAAUAUUUCAAAAAAAAAUGGGCUGUUGUUGACCCUAUAGAGAUCAAGUUAGGGGUAAGAUUUGACAGUAGAUUGAAUCGGGUGACGCGGACAUAUGAUCAAGUCCCAGUAACUGACACAUUUAUUUACAUUCCCCUGUUGGACACCUUGAAGUUUAUUUUUAGGAAUGCAGAUAUAUGUAAACAUAUGUUAAGACCAAGUGGGAGUUCAACUGUUUAUAACGACUUUUGUGAUGGAAGUUAUUAUAAAAACCACCCGCUUUUCAGUAAACAACCAAAUGCACUUCAGAUACAGUUAUAUUAUGAUGACUUUGAAUCUGCUAAUCCGCUGGGCUCUAAGCAAGGCAUUCACAAAAUUGGAGCCAUUUACUUCAUUCUCAGGAACUUUCCACCAAAAAUGAAUUCAAAUUUAAUGAAUAUUCAUUUACUGUCAUUAUUCCAUGCUCAGGAUGUUAAGAAGUACGGAUUUGAUGCAAUUUUGCGGCCCCUUGUUGAAGAUUUGAAAGUCCUUGAAAGUUCAGGAAUUCAUGUUCCUUUUUCCAAAGAGCCCUUGUUUGGCACAAUUGCCCUGGUUACAGGGGACAAUUUGGGAAUGCACACUCUUCUUGGGUUCAUGGAAUCUUUCAGUGCCCAUUACUUCUGUCGAUUCUGUUUAGUAGACAAGAAAACUUCACAGUCUAUUUUCAGUGAAGACAACACUAAUGUUGUAUUACGAAACAAAGCUUUGCAAGAACAGCACUAUGCAGAUUUGUUAGCUGACCCUAACAUUACUUCGUCUUUUGGGGUUAAACGCACAUGUCUGCUAAAUGACUUGCAAUAUUUUCAUAUUUGUGACAAUUACGCUCCUGAUAUAAUGCACGAUAUCCUUGAGGGUGUCGGACAGUAUGAGAUAAAGUUACUUCUUGAAUAUCUUUCUGGCGUUAUAUCAAGACAAGGCAUAUGUAACAGAAUCUAUUCUUUCAACUAUGGCUACUUGGAAAGAAAAAACCGGCCUACUAGGGUAAACCUAGAGCAGACAGGGAAUGGUAUAGGACUGAAUGCCAUUCAGACAUUCUGUUUAAUUCGAAAUAUUCCUCUGAUAUUUGGAGACCUUGUUGAUGAGGAAAACAAACAUUGGCAUUUACUACUCUUGUUAUUGCAGGUAAUUAAUAUAGUGUUUUCUCCUGUAAUAACAGAAGGUAUGACCUACUAUCUGAAACAUCUUAUUGUAGAGCAUCAUAGUCUCUUUAAAGAAUUAUAUCCACAUAAAAAUUUGAUUCCAAAACACCACUACAUGUUACAUUAUCCUCGUUGCAUACGUAAAAUCGGUCCCUUAGUACAUGUGUGGUCGAUGCGAUUCGAAGCUAAACAUAAGUUUUUCAAAAACAGUAUAAGAAACUUUAAAAACAUCACAAAAUCCCUUGCAUUAAAACACCAGUAUGCUAUUGCUUUUCACUGGGAAAGUUUACCUGUUAGAAGUGUUGAAUAUGGGCCCUUGAAAAUUCUUGAUUUUGAGGAUUUACCAUACCGUGAUACUAUUCUUGAAAGGUACCCAAAUGUGUCUGAUGGUAAGAUCACCGUGACUUCAUGGUUAAAACAUUCUGGAACCGAGUAUCAUCCUGACCUAAUGGUUUGUUCUAGAAUGGAAAAUGACCUGCCUGUGUUCAGUAAAAUUACUGAAAUUAUCCUGAUGGAUGACCAAAAUGUUUUGGUCACUAAAGACUUUAAAACUGAUGGAUUUGUGGAGCAUCUUCAUGCCUACCGUGUGAGAGAACUGAAUGUUUUUUGUCUGUCAAGAGUUGAGGACCUUCCUUUUUACAGACAAUUUGACUUACAGGUAUCAUAUGGUUUUGAGGAACCAUAUUUGUACAUUGUUCCAGUGCACUGUUUUGUGCAUGAAGAUCUGUAAUCAUCUUGAACUUUGUUGUGGAGCACAAAAGCUAUAAUUAUUCGGUCAGUUGAACCGAUACUUGACUGCUUAUUGCUUUUCGGUAUGUUCAAGCUUAGUGUAUGAAAGAAAGUUUAAAGGAUUAGUCCACUUUUAAAUACACUUUUCCUGAUUAAAUUUACUCACCCCCAUGUCAUCCAAGAUG